AUGGAAAUACUUUUUUAUCAAGAUACACUAUUUCAUUUUUGGUUGUUCAUUCCAAAUCCUUUACAUAUAUAAAAUUACGAUAUAUAUAUCUAAUUUCCAAAGAAACAAACUAUCCUGAAGUAUAAUCUAUAUUAAUUUCAAUGUCAUCACUUUUCUAUUUAAGUUAUUUAAUAAAAUUUAAAUAUGAAUAUUCAAAACUAAUAAUUAGAGUAAGUUUAUUUGGUCUUACAGCAGGGUCAUUAUUAGUUUAUAAUUUUAAUAUCGAAUAAUAUUAUGUUUUAUUAUUUGAAUGGGUUCAUAUCUAUUUUAUUCUUUAAUUUUAGUCUCAAAUUUAACUAUCGAUUUGAUUGA